CAGGACUGUCCAGAGGAGAAGCUCCCAGAGAACCAUCAGAUGACAAAUCAGGGGGAAGAUGUGACUGAUAUUAAAGUGGAGGAUGAAGAAGAGCGGAUGAUGGCCGAUCCCCCGUGUAAGAGUGAGGUGAAGGAGGACCUUCCAGUCCAUGUGACCUCAGAAAGCCCCGGUAAGAACAUGUUAUCACUGGAUUAUAAAGAAGAAGAUCAAGAUAUCCUGUCACACUCUCCAGGAGAAAUCUAUAAUACCUGUAAUGUUUAUCCAGGGCCUCACAGUGCAGAUCUGUCAGAUAACUCUCCUAAUCAUGAGGAACCGUCUCCUGAUCGAUCACAGAUUGUUACUACAAGUGUGGGGCAGAAAGGGGGUAAAAGGUUUCAGUGUGGGGAAUGUGGAAAACAGUUUACUUACAGCUCAGGUCUUUUUACUCACAGAAGAAUUCACACUGGAGAGAAGCCAUAUUCAUGUUCCAAAUGUGGGAAAUGUUUUACAGGUAAAUCAAGCCUUAUUACACAUGAAAGAAGUCACACAGGAGAGAAGCCAUAUUCAUGUUCAGUGUGUGAAAAAUGUUUUACAGAAAAAUCUAAUCUUAUUACGCAUGAAAGAAUUCACACAGGGGAAAGGCCAUAUCCAUGUUUAGAAUGUGGGAAAUGUUUUACAAAAAAGUCCCAUCUUGUAACACAUGAAAGAAAUCACACAGUAGAGAAGCCGUAUUCAUGUUCAGUAUGUGGGAAAUGUUUUACAAAUAAAUCAUAUCUUGUUACACAUCAGAGAAGUCACACAGGAGAGAAGCCGUAUUCAUGUUCACUAUGUGGGAAACGUUUUACAGAAAAAUCAAGUCUUGUUACACAUCAGAGAAUUCACACAGGGGAGAAGCCGUAUUCAUGUUCACUAUGCGGGAAAUGCUUUACAGAUAAAGCAAAUCUUGUUAGACAUGAGAGAAGUCACACAGGGGAGAAGCCAUAUUCAUGUUCAGAAUGUGGGAAAUGUUUUAUUACUAAAACCAAACUUAGGAUUCAUCAGAAAAGUCACACAGGAGAAAAAUCAUUUUAAUGCUCCAUAGUUCUGCAGAUAUUUCCUGGGCAAAAACAGGGUUUCUUUUUGAGUGGACAUAUUGUGGAUCUG